GCGCAGUAAGUACGCCCAAUUAAAGGGUAGUAAAAUGUAAUUCCACCACCACAAAACGACAAAAACAAACUUCUCCAAUUAAUUUUUUUUUUAAAUAAUAAUUAAAAACUGGAAAUGUGAUAGCUAUGCAAAAGGGGGGGUACGUGGCAGUUAACAAGCACUACAGGUUUUACUUUCUCUUUCCACUACGUUCCCUAUUUAUCUUUUCGCCAAUCCUUUCAUCAACCCCCGGAUCGGAACACCUCAAUUUCCACCACCACCACCACCACCGCCGCCGCCCGCCGCCGUUUGAAGGGGAACAUGAGAUGGUGGGUCUAAGUGUAAUACUGGAGAACAACAAGGAUCUUUCCGGCGACGAGCAGAGAAGAAGCCCUCAAGUUAUCAGUAAAGGGAGCAUGAUAAAACCGCCGUCAAACCCUCCUUCCCCCACCGCAGCUCCGCCGUCUCCGGCGGGCUUCUCGAGGAGAAGAAACGCAUCGAGUUUUUCUCCGGCUUGUGGGUUUCUUGAAUACUGUUUUCUCUGCACGCAGAAACUCUUGCCCGGAAAAGACAUCUACAUGUACAAAGGGGACAAGGCGUUUUGUAGUGAGGAUUGCAGGUGCAGGCAGAUCUUCAUGGAUGAAGAAGAGAUGAGUGCUGCAAAGAGAGGUUGUACCUUAGAGUACAACCGUUCGUUGGCUGCCACGUCAUCAUCUUCUUCUUCACCAUCGUCUUCUUCUUCUUCUCGUAGUCGCAAAGGGGCAGCAAAUCGAGCAAAUUAUAACGCCUUCGCCUACUGAGUGAUUACAUAUUUAGUUUCCAUUUCUGCCCCUGGUAGAUUUUGUUUGUGGCUUUUAGGCCCUCUUCUCUUUUUACUUUUCUUUUUUUCCUUCAAUGCUCCAUAGGAUCAAGCCAUGGGGGGUGGGGUUUGCCGGUUUGUGGGGGGUUAACUGCUCAAGUUGCUGGCGGAGGAAACAUGGAUCUGCUUUUAUUUUUAUUUUAUUUUUCUUUUAUUUUUUUUCGAGAUGAAGGGUGUUUUUGGAAGUUUGGUAUAUUGAGAAUAUAUUUGGUUGCUUCUUAGUGAUUUUA